AUGCGAUCACUAUUGAUAUCGCCCUUGAUCGCCCUCUCUUUCGCUGCCUCUGUGUUUGCUGCCCCUCCGAUCCAAUAUGAUGCGCCCGCAGUCGCUCGAGAUGCCGCCUCGAUUGUAGCGCGAGAUGCGCCCGAUGCUCCAGCUUCACCUGCGAAGGAUCCGGAAGUCAAGGGCGAGACGGCCAAGGAUCCCGUCACAGAUGGUGCAGACUCUGGACCCAAGGGGACCGUCUUCAAUGGCGUUAGCGUCCCUCCGAUCACCGAGCUCAGUGGAACCACCCUGGACAAGGACAUCGAAAAAGGCACAUGGCUUGUGGAAUUCUUCUCGCCUUACUGCCAUCAUUGCAAAUCUUUCGCUCCGACAUGGCAGACGCUCCACGAGUUUUACUACACCUCGGACCCUCUUCCUUCUUCCAACAAGGACUCCGCAGACUCCCUCAACUCUUUUACCCGCUACUACGAUUUCAAGUUCGCUAAGCUCGAUUGUGUCGCUUUUGGCUCCGCAUGCUCCGAUAAAAACAUCAACUCAUUCCCUACUAUUGUUCAGUUCAAGGAUGGUAAAGAGGUGGAACGCAAGGUCGGUGCUUUGCCUAUGAAGGAUGAGGUCAAAUGGAUUGAGAGUAUGCUCGAAACCAUCAAGCCCGGCUCAAGACAAAAGGACGGCCCUAAGCUCCCCAAGGUUGGCGCCAGCUCAUCGCCCGAAUUUAAGGGUGCUGCUGUCGUUGGUCCCGCAAAGGAGGCAGACGCCAUUGCAGAGGUCACCAAGUCCACCACUUCAACUACCUCGACCAAGUCCCUGCUCCAGGCCACAAAAGUUGCAAAGGAAACCCCCAAUCCUGCUGGUACUUCUGUCCCAUUGACCGCCGAAGCCUUCCAGCACAGAGUCACUACCACCCACGAUCCCUGGUUCAUCAAGUUCUACGCUCCCUGGUGUCACCAUUGUCAAGCUAUGGCUCCCAGUUGGCAUGCCAUGGCGCGCGAUAUGAGGGGUCGGUUGAAUGUUGGCGAAGUCAACUGUGAGGUCGAAAAACGUCUUUGCAAGGAUGUCAACGUCAAGGGCUACCCUACUCUGAUCUACUUCCAGGCAGGUGAACGUAUCGAGUACGAAGGUCUUCGUGGCCUCGGUGAUCUUAUCAGCUAUGCCAACAAGGCUGUCUCUGCCGGCGAUGGUGUUGUCGACGUCGACGCUGCUGCUUUUGAAGCUCUUGAGAAGGACGAGGAAGUCAUCUUCCUUUACUUCUAUGACCACGCCACUACUAGCGAGGAUUUCCAGGCUCUCGAGCGAUUGUUGCUGAGCUUGAUCGGCCAUGCUAAGCUAGUCAAGACCAAGGAUCCUGCCCUCGCUACCAGAUACAAGAUCUCGACUUGGCCUCGUCUGAUCGUUUCCAGAGAUGGAAAGCCGACAUACUACACUCCGCUGUCCCCCAGAGAUAUGCGCGACUUCCGCAAAGUCUUGGGAUGGAUGCAGGCCAAUUGGUUGCCGAUCGUGCCUGAGCUGACGGCCUCAAAUGCUCGUGAUGUUAUGGACCACAGACUCGUCGUUCUGGCCAUUUUGAGCCGUGAACGCAAGGAAGACUUCGCCAUUGCGCGACGUGAACUCAAAAGUGCUGCUCUCGAAUGGAUUGACAAGGAAAUUCAAGCCUUCCAGCUAGAAAGACAGGAGUACCGCGAUGCUAAGCAAUUGCGCAUUGAAGAGGCAGAGGACCGCAACGAUCAACGCGGACUACGAGCAGCCAAACAGAUCAGAAUCGACAUGAACGAGAUUCCUCGAAAAGAGAUAGGUUUCGCUUGGGUUGACGGUGUGUUCUGGGAGCGUUGGCUCAAGACGACAUUCGGCAUUGAUGUCAAAGAUGGAGAGAAAGUAGUAAUCAACGACGAAGACAAACAACGAUACUGGGAUCUCACGACGACUGGCAACCCCAUUGUGCCAUCGCGUGUAUCUAUCUUGGAGACACUUCCCAAGGUGGUAGCCAAUCCACCAAAGAUUAGCCCCAAGCACAAGAACUCGUUCCUGGGCCAUCUGGCAUGGACAGUGCGAAGAGGCAUGUGGGCUCACCCUCUGAUAACAAUUGGGCUGGUGAUUGGCAUGCUUAUCGGAGCGAGUAUCUGGGGUAGAGGAUUGAUCAGAAGGGGAAAGGCAUUCGGCAACACGGGGUCUUUCUUCACAGUGGGUAAUGAGAAGGAUGGACUAUUGGGCGGUCCAGCCACAGGAGACAAGGUGGAUUGA